AUGCCAAGAGGAAGAGCAUUUAGAACGACGAUUUGGGAUCCUUUGCUCAUCAUCUGUCAGAUUAUUGCAUUACAAACCUUGUAUUAUACCUCGAUAUCUGUGAUUAUAUUAUUUACGCUGUUGAUAACUGGAAACGACAUUACACUAGAUCAUAUUUUAGACUAUCGGGAAUUUAGAGCUGACACAGUUCUUGGGUGGACGCUAUGUUUUGCGUGGAUCGCAAAUGCAGUGGUUGGUUAUUAUUCUGGACAUAUACCUACGACAUUUGUAUGGUGGGUGCUUAAUGCAACCACCUGCUGUAUUAUGAUAUUCGGAGGAGAACUAUAUUGUAUGCGGAAGGAGAUGGAACCUAUUGUGCUUGAUGAUGGAGAAAACGGAAAUUCUGGUACCAAUGCCGGUUUAUUGGGGGGCAGUUCUGUAGUCAAGGGCAAGAGAAAUGAAGAUGUUGGAUACGAGUUGGUGUCUCUGGAAGAAAUAGAGAUUAGAUGA